CCACCAUGGACACUCUGGGUAAGGGCAGCAGAGGAUUCCUAUUCACCCCUGGGCAGCAGCCACCACCACUCCGGCCCCCUUUCCCUGGCAGGAAAUCAGCCCCACCACAGUUCGGGAAGACUCUUCUUCCUCCUCUUCUCCAAAGACGGGCUCCUCUCCUAAUGGAUCAGUCCACCAGGCCAGGCAGUUCCACCAAGCACCAGGUCCCCUCUCUCACAAGUGGGCCUCCCCCGUCGGAGCCCCUCCACACCAGAGCCCCGGUCACCCCUCAGCCCCCAUGCCCACUCACCAACAGCCCGCUGUCCAUCUCAAACACUUCCACAGCACCCACAACAUGAACCAGCCUUGUGGAUGCUGCUCCUUCCACCCACAUGACCAUGCUACCCCCCUGUACCACCCCAACUACUGGCAGGGAGCUUCAUGCACCCACAACAAACCAGAUAGACACUUCUGUUCCAACUUCGAUGGUAACACCCCCCCACCUCUCACAUUUCCCCUUCCCACCAAACACACCCUCACCACAGCUCAUUGUGCCACCCCAUGGGGCCCACACUUACACCAUUUCACCGCCCAGGGGCCCUGCUUGGAGCGGCCGACCCCUGUCUGUCAGACCCAGUGUUGCCAGGCCCAGUCGGCAAAGUCUCUCCCCCCUGGAUGGGCCCAUGGGCCUCCUGCCCACUGACACCUACAGAAUCCUGGUGGACCAAGACCGGCAGCUCAACUUACUGCAGGCACAGAUCCAGAAGCUACUGGCGGCUCAGGGGAAAGGGGGGAGCAGCUCCUCUCCAUCCACCGAGCAGGCAGCCAUGCAGACACAGAUCUCCCCAGGAAAGCACACUAGGAGGAUUGUCAGCAUCGCUGUAGGAACAGGUGCCAGUUUGUUCUGGGGAAACCCCAUCGAUGCCCCCGCUUGCGAUGAGGAUGAGCGCCAACAGCCAGAGUGGCACACGGACAAGGGGCCUGGCGCCACCGAUGGUAGCAGGUCCUCCUCUGGUCGGAGUUCUGGCAGUGCCAGUCUCACCCACAGCAGGCACAUGAAUGGCACGGAAGACGAGAGUGGGUGUAGUGAGGGACAUGUGAAAGGCACACCCUUCAACCAGUCAAUGCACCAGAGGUACUUCAUUUGCUUCAUGUAUGGAGAAAAACUAGGAAAGGAAACAAAAAGAGUUAUGUGCACGGCCCAUGUGGUGAUGUAUUUGCCCCAGCUUUUAUCCUGGUAUACUUAUUUCUGGGUAGGCUUCAACAGAAUCUAGUAUUGCAGUGAAAUGGUUAAUAUACAACGUGUUAUGUGACCAACCUCCCUCCUGAUCCCUGACUAUUUGUCACUUUCCACUAAAUGUAUGAAAAUUCAUUGAUAAGCGCUUAAAGUUCUUCUUUCC